AUGGUUUGCUUGGAAAUAUGUCUGGCCAUUCUGGUCCUUGGCUUGAUGAUAUACAAGUGGUCCACAGCGACGCACCGCGCAUUCGAUGAUCGAGGAGUGUACUUUGAGGAGCCCAAGCCGUUUUUUGGCAAUAUUGGUACAUCGAUGUUGGGCCUAACCUCGUUUCACAAGGUCCUCAGCGCGUUCUACAAUCGUACUCGGGGCCACAAAGUUGUUGGAUUUUUUAAUUUGCGUACGCCUAUGAUCCAGCUAAACGAUCCCGAAAUAAUCAAGAAGAUCUGCAUCAAGGACUUUGAUCACUUUCCGAACCAUCAGCUCUUUUUAGAGAGCAACGAGCGUCUCCUCAACGACAUGCUGAGCGUGAUGAGAGAUCAGCGGUGGAAGCACAUGAGAAACACCCUGACGCCGGUCUUUACGGCAGCCAAGAUGCGCAGCAUGUUCGCCCUGAUGAACGACAGUUUUGGGGAGUGUCUCGAACACUUGUCCCGACUAUCGGAUGGUUCCAAAUCUGGGGAGGGCCUCGAGGUGGACAUGAAAGUGCUUUGCAACAAGCUAUCGAAUGAUCUGAUAGCCACCACCGCCUUCGGGCUGAAGGUGAACUCUUUUGAGAGCCCUGAUAAUGAGUUCUACCAGAUCGGUCAGUCUCUCACUUUCUCCAGAGGAUCGCAGCUGUUCAAGUUCCUGCUCGCCACCCUCAUUCCGAAGGUGUUCCUUUUCUUUAAUAUGAAGAUCUUUAAUGGCCAGAAAGUAGAAUACUUUGUACGGCUGGUGGUGGAUGCGAUGAAAUAUCGUGAAGAGCACAACAUCAACCGACCCGACAUGAUCCAGCUGCUGAUGGAGUCCAAGACGGAGUCCGAAGACAACUGGACGGACGACGAGAUCGUGGCCCAGUGCUUCAUAUUCUUCUUCGCUGCCUUCGAGAACAAUGCCAACCUGAUAUGCACCACAUCCCUGGAACUGCUCGAGAACCCCGACAUCCAGCAGCGGCUCUACGAGGAGGCCAAGGAGGUCCAGGAGUCGCUUAAAGGCAGCUCACUCACGUACGAUGCAGUGCAGAAGAUGAAGUAUAUGGACAUGGUCAUCUCUGAAUCGCUACGCAAGUGGACCCUUGCGCCCGUUACCGAUCGCAUCUGCUCCAAGGAUUACACCCUAACCGACGACGAUGGCACCAAGCUAUUCGAUUUCAAGGUGGGUGAUCGCGUCAAUAUUCCGAUUGCCGGCCUGCACUGGGAUGAUAAGUACUUCCCCGAGCCCCAAAAAUUUGAUCCAGAGCGCUUCAGCGAUGAGCGGAAAAAUGAAAUAGUGCCUUACACAUAUUUGCCGUUUGGAGUAGGUCCCCGAAACUGCAUAGGCAAUCGAUAUGCUCUGAUGCAGGUCAAGGGAAUGUUGUACAACCUCCUGAUCAGGUACAAGAUCGAGAGAUCUCCCAAGACUGUCAAGGAUCUGUGGGAGGAGGCACGCGGAUUCAACCUUGCCCCCAAAGCUGGCUACUGGAUGCGCCUGAUGCCACGCAAAUAGGGGAAAUAAACACAGUUGGUUUAGGAUAAAAUACACAGACAUAUAUUUUAUUUUUGAUUAUGUUUCCAUACACACAUUUGUUGAAUUUCAUUUGAAUGAUGUAGCAUAGCUUAGACGAAUAACCGAUACAAUUCAUACUCCUUA